AUGGAGCCGCCGCUCCCCGCGGGGCAGAACGAGCCCGCCCGGGAUGAAGACAAAGCUUUCUACGAUAACCUCACCCCCAAGAAGAAACCCAAAUCGCCAAAGCCUGAGAAUGCCAUCACCAUUGCCGUGUCCUCGCGCGCUCUGUUCCGCAUGGAGGAGGAGCAGAAGAUCUACAACGAGCAAGGGGUGGAGGCCUAUGUGAAGUACCAGCUGGACCAUGAGAAUGAGCCAUUCCUCCCUGGGGCUGCCUUCCCCUUCGUCAAGGCACUGGAAGCAGUGAACACACAACUGCGUGAGCUCUACCCUGACAGUGAGGAGCUCUUUGACAUCGUCCUCAUGACCAACAACCAUGCCCAGGUUGGGGUUCGCUUGAUCAACAGCAUCAACCACUACGAUCUGUUCAUCGAGAGGUUCUGCAUGACGGGAGGGAACAGCCCCAUCUGUUACCUCAAGGCCUAUCACGCCAACCUCUACCUCUCCUCCGACGCCGAGAAAGUGAGUGGGGCCAUUGAAGAGGGGAUUGCUGCAGCCACCAUCUUCAGCCCCAGCAGAGACCUGGAGGUGUCGGAUAACCAGCUGCGGGUGGCGUUCGACGGAGACGCCGUGCUCUUCUCCGAUGAGUCAGAGCAGAUCGUGAAGGCUCACGGCUUGGACAUGUUCUUUGAGCACGAAAAGGCUCAUGAGAACAAACCUCUGGCACAGGGCCCCCUGAAGGGCUUCCUGGAGGCACUGGGGAAGCUGCAGAAGAAGUUCUACUCCAAGGGGUUGAGGUUGGAGUGUCCCAUCCGUACCUACCUGGUGACUGCCCGGAGCGCGGCCAGCUCGGGCGCUCGGGCUCUAAAGACUCUGCGCAGUUGGGGCCUGGAGACGGAUGAGGCUUUGUUCCUGGCUGGUGCUCCCAAGGGGCCACUGCUCAAGAAGAUCCGUCCUCACAUCUUCUUUGAUGACCAGAUGUUCCACGUGGAGGGAGCCAAGGAGAUGGGCACCGUGGCUGCCCACGUGCCCUACGGCAUCGCCCAGAAGCACAAGAGGCUGGUGCAGGAGAAGCAAACCCCCAACAGCAAGUAG